UCUACUCCUCCUCCUAGAGGAAGACGCGAGGAGGGCGAGAGCAGCGCGUGGUCGGGACUCCUCCAAAACUGAGGGAGGGGGCCAGGGAGCUUGGGCUGGACUGUUCCAUUCGUGCCGCGACGGCGGGAGGAGCUUGGGCUGGACUGUUCCAUUCGUGCGGAGUAGAGUGAAGCCCUCCUCCCUCUGGUUGUGCCCCCCCGCUCUUUCUUCCUUUCUAUCUCAUUCCCUUCCUAUUCUUUUUCCUGUCGCCCCCUCAUUCAUUCUUCAUAUCCCCAUUUCCAGGUUAUUCAUUACACUCUCCCCUUGCAAUGAUGUAUCUCCCCUUUCCCUCUCCCCAGGGAUAGCUCCCCUCCCAUGCUUUGAAAGGCUUUUCCUUUCCUGCAGUGUCUUGCCUUCACUUUCACCCCAGGGCCUUUCCAGACAGGCCCUAUAUCCCAGGAUCUGAUCCCAGGCUUUCUAUUUAUCCCAGAUUAUCUGGCAGUGCGGACUCAUAUAAUCCAAUUUAAAGCAGAAAACCUGGGAACAGAUCCUGGGAUAUAGGGCCUGUCUGGAAGGGAUGUUUCAUAGACUGCUGAAGCAUUAAGGAAUCUUUUGAGUAUAUUUUUAAAAUCUGAGAAAGAACUUCCUGCAUGUACUCCUUGAGCCAUUAUGUUAAAUGGCUUUCUGGCUUAUCCUCGUUUAGCAUAGUCCUUUGCAUGGCCACUUUCCCUGAAUUUUUUAAAUAGGUUUUUUUUUUAAUUCAGGAGAAAAAAACCUAAUAAAAGAUCAAUACAGCAGGAAGCAACCUUUAAUUUUUUUUCAUGUCAGGAGCGACUUGAGAAACCACAAGUCACUCCUGGUGUGAGAGAAUUGGCCGUCUGCAAGGACGUUGCCCAAGGGAAGCCCAGAUAAACCUCCUUGUGGGGGACUUCUCUCAUGUCCCGCAUGGUGAGCUGGAGCUGACAGAGGGAGCUCACCCCCUCUCCCCAGAUUCAAACUACCGACCUGUUUGUCAACAGUCCUGUCUGCACAAGGGUUUAACCCAUUGCGCCACUGAGGGAGCCUCCUUUUAAAUAAUAUAUAUUGCUAAAACUGUGCAGUUAUCUAGCCAGCGCCUUUUUUGAGCUCAAUGGGUGGCAGUUGGUGAUGGAUGCCACAGAGAAGAUCCCUAGAGGAAAUGGCAGCUCACUGGCCUUUUCCCGAGAAGCAGGCGCACCUUCUGCACUCCCCGAGUGCCAGCAUCCGGCCCCUCCAUCACUUCCCUUGUUGCAAUCCAUUGCACCUUCGAAUAGGGAAGGCAGAGGAAACGGUGUCAUUGAGGUGUCGGUAAUUCUGCCAGUUUACAAUGCUGAAUGUUGGCUUGAUGAAUGUUUGAAGUCCGUUCUGGAACAAGAUUUCCAAGGAUCCUUUGAACUCUCUGUCUUUAAUGAUGCUAGUACGGAUAAUUCAGUACGUAUAAUAGAACACUGGAAAGUCAUUUUGGAAGAUGUGGGGAUUCAGGUAGUGCUUGGAGGAAAUACUUCAUCUCAGCCUUCUGGAGUUGGUUUUGCUAAAAAUCAGGCAAUAGAUCAGAGUUCGGGGACCUACCUCUGCUUUCUGGAUUCUGAUGAUGUUAUGAUGCCCCAGCGAAUAAAGCUGCAAAGGGAAGCUGCUAUCAAACAUCCAAAAAGUAUUAUAGGUGGCCAAAUUAAGAGAGAGCCUUUGGAGGCAACUGAGCGAUACACAAGGUGGAUCAAUAAUCUAACACAGGAGCAACUCCUUACUCAGAUUUUCACAUCUCAUGGACCAACUGUAAUUAUGCCAACAUGGUUCUGUUCCCGAGAAUGGUUUUGUCAUGUGGGCAAAUUCGAUGAAGGAGGAAAGGGUACUCCAGAAGAUUUGCUGUUCUUUUAUGAACACCUUCGGAAAGGUGGUGGAGUUUAUCGAGUUGACCAGUGCCUUCUUCUCUACCGUUACCACCCGCAGGCAGCCACUCAUUCAGUCCUAGAGCAGUUAGGCCAUAAAAAGACCCAACAUGAGCCAAAGAAACACAGCCCAGAAGGCAAUGACCAGCACUUCUUCAUCAGUCAAGGAAGCAGUCAAUGCAUUAAAAUAUAUUUUAGAGUGGGAGGUGUUGAUAAAAUUUCCACUGAGAUUGAGAAAGUGUGGCACAAGGGAGACCAUCUGGGUACAUCUCCAGCUAAUCAGAAAAAGGUAGUUGCAUUUUGUGAUGUGGAUAAAAAUAAAAUUGCAAAAAGAUUUUACACCUAUGAAGACUCUAAGGAAAUCCCCAAACCCAGGAUUCCUGUCUUACAUUUCAGAGAUGCUUCACCACCUUUCAUUAUUUGUGUAAAACUGGAUCUGACAGGCGGACAGUUUGAGGAAAAUCUGAACCUGUUGGAACUGAAAGAAGGAGUGGAUUAUUACCAUUUUAACUGAAGCACACUGGAAAACGCUUCAUUGCAAAAAGGAUCACUAAAAAUGUUUGUAUGGGUUUGAUGUUUACAGAAUAAUAAUGGCAAUGAAUCCUGCUUCAAGAUGCCUUUCCAUGAAGAAACAUUAAUGAAAGCAUAAGUUACUCUGUUUCAUGGCUGAAUGCAUGGGAGCAACAAGGGGGGGGGGGUCACUGUAGGAAGCAGAAUGACAGCAAAUAUUAGUAUAUAAUCCUUGAAAAAUCUCUUCUCUGCUUUCCUUUCAUUGUAUGGAGUGGUUCCCUAUUUUAAUAAAAGGAUUGAAGGACAUUGUAUCUUCCUCUGGGGUGAAGAAUCCUUGACCUUCAAGAUGUUUUAGACUUCCAGUUCCUGGAAACUUCAGUGAGCAUAAAUAGUGAUAAGGGAUUGGGAGGACUUGCCCAAAACAUCUGGAGGGCCAAAGAUUUAUUACUUUUGUCUUGAAGAAUCAGGGAAGGCCAGAUCCUGCUAGUAGAUCCAUUAUCACUUAUUGGGGGGGGGGGGGUUCUAAAUUAACAAGUUACCAUCUUGCUCCAGAUGUUCAGUGAACGUUCUGGCUACUUUUUGACAUAACCAAAGCCAGUUGUGAUAUUUUUAAACCCCAUCUUAUAACCAAUGUCAAGGCAUUUUUCAACUUUUGUCACUUUACACGAUCAAUCUGGUGGUGAUGUGGCAUAGCCAAUUCUCUUUGCAUUAUUUGUCAGAAUGAAAUGCAGCCCCAUAAAUUCCAAGUGGUGCUUUAACAACUUACAGGGAGUCAAGAGGACUCAAGGGCCACACACUUUCUCCAGCACUGGCAAGAACAGCUGGGCUCUCCCACAAAUAAAAUCUGUCAUGCUUUGUUAUGCAACUGGUUCCUAUGCAGGGGGUUAAGAGGCCCAACGUUAGAACAUCCUCUGGCAGGAUGAGAAGCAGGAGUUUUACAACUGGAACAUACAGUAGUUUGUAAUAAAGAUGUAUAAAACCAGCCUCCAUUAUGCUGUUGCCUUAGGGACAGCAAAUUCACCAGGCAGUUAUGGUAUUCUCUUCUUCUGUUUUGAAGUUGGCUGUGAUAAUGGCGAAAACUUUGCAUAUUAUUACUAGAAGUUUAUUUGCAUCAGAUGUCUAUAGGUAGAAAUGGCAAAAGGGCAGUAUGACAUCACUAAAAUGAAAAGUCUGCAGGGGGGGAAAAUCACACUGGUGCCAUAAAGAAAUAUGUUUUAUGCUGUAAAAACAGCUCUUCGGAUACACAUUUUUCUACAUCUCGAAAAAGAAGGGAGAAACAUAGCCUUCUUCAUGGGAUGCUGAGCACAACAUCUGAUUGUGAUUUUAAUAUUAGACAAUGGUGGCACUUUUGUUAGGACUGCAGAAAAGGGGCAAGGAAAGGCAAUCUAGAUUUUCAACCUCCAGGCCUUUUCCACCUUUCUGCUGCCAUGGCAUAACCAAUUGCAAGAGUCCAGGUGAAGAAUUUAUAUUAUUUUAUCAAAUUUUGUAGAUGUGAUUUUGAUUGUGCUGUUUUAUUCUGCUUCUGUCAUACACCCCAUUUGCAUCUUUUACAUGUGUUGAAUUUCUACAAACUGGGCAAGAAAUGUAACAUGAAAGGAUUGUAUAUUUUUGUAAGUAUUGACAUACCUAUAAUAAAUCAGACAAGAGUUGUA